CGUGUUCGGUCACACUAGCCAUUGUUUUGGUUAUUUUCUUGCUUUGUUUCUUUUCACUGCACUUGGUGUUCUACGUUGCGAAUUAAAAGCCUCGCCCAUGGAGCAGCAACUGGAGGAGGUCUUGGCGGAAAUCGCCGCGCGACAGGACACGGUGGGUGCUUUGCUGGCGAAUCGUCAGGGAUUGUGUCUGGGCACCAAGGGAAACAUAAACCCCAACGUAUCCGGCAUCGGAAUGGCCAUUUCCGAGCAGGUGGCUAAACUGGAGCCGAAUACCACGGUUCCGGCCACGAUCUGCCUGUACAGCGGCAACAAACGCUGUGUGAUCCAGAAGGAUGGCGAGAUCACGGGAGUGAUCUUUAAGCAGCAGACGGCUGCGUCGGCGACCGCCGCCAGCAACUAACAGAAGCUGGGGCCUCAAGCGCAACUCUCAGGCCAAAUACGCAAGUCAGGAUACGGAUACAAAGUCAGAUGCAGAUGCAGAUACCAGAUACAGAUACAUAUAUCUUCCAAAACGCGCCAGCUUCGCUCGAUUCGUUUUAGAUGCCCGGUGGCAGCGCCUGUUACAUUUGUCUCUCGUUCUAAUCGAUAACCAUAACCAUUGUUUUGUACGACUCGCAUAGCAUUAAGCAUUACGAUUACGAUUACGCAUUAUGCAUCACGCAUUAAGCACUGCUGUUAAUCGCCAUGUCUAAUCCAGCCUAGCGCUAUCACCAUGUACAUAUAGACUUUGUACGAUUAAGCUCCAAAAAGUGAUCGAAGCAUACAUUUAUAUACAUACAUACAUAAACCAAUUACAAUUAUAGCAACGAAGCAAAAGCAAA